GGCAGCUUAAAUCAACAGCUCCUCCGGAAAAACGCAUAUUUUGCCCAGUUAAUCCAUCAAGUAUAAGAUCUUUCAAAAAUAUCUGAAUUGAUAAGGGGGGCAAGAAUGGGGAGAAAGAGUCGAGAUUAAAAAAAGGAUCACUGCGGAGCCUAUAGAAGAGAGAGGUGCAGCGCGUGGCUCUCCUACGUGUGCGCGCAGCGGCGAAGCUGACGAUGGGCCUUGUGCAGGCCAAGCGGCAAAUAUGAUAAGGAUUCUGGAAGAGAUAAGGGAAGUCCAAAAAGAUAUAAAGCAGCAACAAAAUAAUAUAAAGUCAGAGCUCGUCAACGUCAAUCAGAAAAUAGCUGUGGUAGAGACUCGAAUUGAGAAGGUGGAUGAUCGCGUGCAAAACGUGGAACAAAUACUAAGUAAAAUGAUAAAAAUAUUAACUCAAAAGGAAAGUAAAUUGCUUGACCAGGACGGAAGAUCGCGACAGGAAAAUAUCAGGAUUUAUAAUGUUCCCAAAGGAGCAGAGGGAUUGUCAAUGAUGGACUUUGUAGACAAGCUGCUGUGGGAAGCGCUGGAGAUUCCCCCAACUAUGGAGAUUGAAAUUGAGAGGGCACAUCGUUCACUCGUCCCACGGCCCUCCGGAGAUGGAGAAAGUAAACCGCGCUCGAUAGUACUUAAAUUCCUUAGAUUCAAGAGCAAGGUGGAGAUUCUACGAAGGGCCUGGGGACAUAGAAGAGGAGUUGCUAUUCUCAUCUCAAGCAAGCUAAAUUUUGAAAAAGUAUUCGAAAUGGGAGAUAAGGAGGGCAGAUAUAUUCUGGAAUGCCCGUUAUCAAAGACUACUGGAGUAGGAUACAUAAUGCCCUACAAGACAUCUUUAAAUAUGAAAUACCCUUAGAGAGUAAGACCAUAUAUUUUGGGUAUAUACCUCAAGAAUGGUUGAAAAGAGAUAAAUAUUUAAUGAAAGUACUGCUGGUGGCUGGUAAAAAGACCCUUACCAGGAAAUGGUUAUCACAGGAGAGCCCAACUUUAAACGUAUGGAUGGAAAUUACAAUGGACAUUUACAAAAUGGAGCAGAUAACAGCAUCUGUUAAUCAUAAGUUAGAACAAUUUUAUUCAUACUGGAAAAAAUGGUUUAACUACAUAACACCUCAUAGGCCUGAUUUUAUUCUCACAAAUCAAUGAAUAUGUUGUAAAAAGAAGAUCACUCCCUAUUCUGUACAUAGUUUUCUUCUUUCGAUUGUUUUUUCUUUCCUCCCCUUUCUAUAAGUGUAUACCUCAGAUAAAUAUUAUGUGGAGAUUUGUGACAAAUAUGAUUAUAUGAUA